GAAAAAAAAAUGUACUCUAUGAUAUAACCUUUGAGUUGAGUUUACGUAAAACAAACACCUUAUCACCUUAUUUCGUGGGAUAAAACACAAAUAUUAGUUAUAAUUCAAUAUGACUUUGGAUUUUCGAGACAUGGAAAAAAGCACAGAUAGUAGUGACGAUGGUAGUGAUCUUGAGGAUUCUGAAAUGGACGAGGACGUAAUAGCUUCAUCGAAUGAAAGCGAAGAUGAGAACAAUGAUAAUAAUGAAGACAUUCACAAUAGCUCUGAUGAGAGUGAAGAUGAUGUUGUUAAAGCUAUACGAGCUGAGAAAAACAAGCCUCGUGACCAUCCUCCAACCAUCACAACUGAAGAUUUCAUUGUGGACAUCUCUUUCCAUCCUGCCAAAAAUUUAAUAGCUAUAGCAAACAUAGUAGGAGAUGUAUUGCUUUAUGAAUACUCCAAUGAAGAGACAAAUUUGCUUAAAACUUUGGAAUUACAUCUAAAAAGCUGUAGAGAUGUAGAAUUUGACAAUGAUGGGCUUACCAUGUUUACAACUGCAAAGGAUAAGGUAGUAAUGGCUACAGAUGUUGAGACUGGAAAAUUAAAACAAUGUUUUGAAAAUGCCCAUGAUGAUCCAGUUUAUAAAUUGCUUCCUCUGGACAGUAAUAAAAUUGUUUCAGGUGAUGACAGUGGCACAGUAAAAUUAUGGGAUCUUAGAAGACAAGGUGCUUUAUUUACCAUAAAAAUAGGUGAAGAAUAUAUUUCUGACAUGAUUACAAAUGAAACACAAAAGUACCUUGUGUGUGCAGGUGGUGACGGAAUGCUUACAUCAAUAGAUUUAAAAGGAAGCAAAAUAUUUUCAAGAUCUGAACACUAUGAAGCAGAUCUAACUUGUAUGGGAUUAUUUCGUUCUGAAACUAAAUUGCUGGUUGGUUCAUCAAUUGGUAAAUUUUACUUGUUUAACUGGAAAGAAUUUGGAUUACAUAGUGAUGAAUAUAUUGGACAUAAACAUUCCAUACAGUGCAUGAUCCCUAUAACACAGAAUAUUGUUGUAUCUUCUGGUGAAGAUGGCAUAUUGAGGGCAGCACAUAUGUUUCCUCAACGUCAGCUAGGUGUAGUGGGGCAACACAGUCUGCCAGUAGAAGCUCUUGACAUCAGCCAUGACGGUCAAUACAUUGCAUCCUGUUCACAUGACAAUGAUGUCAAAUUUUGGAAUAUUUCGUACUUUGAAUCAAUUGAUUCACUUAUUGAUGUCAAUCAUAAAAACAACAAAAGAAAAGAUAUGAUCAAUAAUUUACCAUCAAGUAACAUUAAAAAUGCUUCAGAUUUUUUUUCAGGAUUAGUAUAGCGUGAGCCAAAAACAAGUUAAUAAAUUACGUAAAUGAAAAUGA